AUGGGGCUCGAUAUCAUCGAAGGUAAAGGACAGGGGCUUCUAGUCUUGCUUCACGGCGGACCUGGAACUGGAAAGACUCUGACGGCAGAAAGUAUCGCCGAGGAGCAGGAGAGGCCUUUGUAUAGGGUGACGUGCGGCGAUAUCGGGACUGAGCCUAAGGAGGUAGAGCAGGUAACUCUGUCACCCUCGCCUGGUCCGGUCUAUAUGCUAAUUGGGAGCAUCGUCCUUCUCGAUGAGGCAGACGUCUUUCUCGAGGAGAGGUCCUUUUCAGACCAGAAGCGAAAUGCCAUCAUUUCAAUCUUCCUCCGUAUCCUGGAGUACUAUGAUGGCAUCCUCAUCUUGACGACCAACCGCAUCGGCAGCUUUGACGAAGCCUUCAAGUCACGCAUCCAACUGGCCUUGGGCUACCCGACACUUGACGAGGAGGACCGGCUCAAGAUCUGGGGCAACUUUGUACAGAUGCUUCCUCGCACCAAGGACCGCGUCGACAUGGAGGACCUGCAGAUGAACUUGCCCAAGCUAGCGCGGGACGAGAUCAACGGACGCGAGAUCCGCAACAUCAUCACCAUGGCGCGGCACCUGGCCAAGUUCCGAAAAGAGACGCUCCGCUAUCAGCACAUGCGGGACGCCCUAAGGUCAUCGCAGAAGUUCAGCGAGUACCUGACCCAGGUCAAGGGCGUCUCGGACGAUGACUGGGCGAGGGCGGACAAGCUGAGGUAG